GAAAAUAUCGAGAAGCUUCAUUUCUCUCUCUCUCUGAGUUCAUCUUUGUUCUUCAAUCCUUCUUCUCAAUUCAGCAAUCUAACAUGGUAUCAGAGUUGUGGUUGACUGAUUCAGAGCUAUGAUUGAAUGAUUCUAGGGAUUUUUCAUGGAAUUGAAGAAAAGUCGAGAGAAUUUGUUCAAUUUUUUAUCGUUUUUUGCUGAACCCUAAUUCUGUGUGAGCGAUGGCGAUUGGGGAAGAUUUGAACAGUUCUGAGCUCGGCGGAGCCAUCGUGAACAUCGGCGUUGGUAUCACGACUGGAGGAGGAACAAUGAAUCUCUAUCACAAUCAUCCACUUUACCUACAUCCAUGUGAUGGACCAGGAUCGAUGUCCGUCGGACUGCUGCUGAUAGGAAUGGAAAACUACACAAUCUGGAGUCGCGUGAUGAAAGUCGCAUUAUUAGAAAAAAAUAAACUCUGUCUCGUUGAUGGAUCCACAUGCAAAGCUGAUUUGGUGUGGAAUUGGGGAAUCAAUGGGAGAGAUGUAAUGCCAUUGUUACUUCAUGGCCAAUGAGUAAUGUGAGCAAGGAAUUACACACUUGUGUAUUGUUUUCUUCGAAUGCACAGACGGUUUGGGCUGAAUUGAGAGAAAGGUUUGACAAGGUAAAUGCGUCGAGACUCUACUAUUUACAUAAGGAAAUUUUCAUAUCACUGCAGGGAUCAUCCUCCGUGUCCGUAUAUUUUACAAAGUUGAAGGAUUUGUGGGCAGAGUAUGAUUCAAUCCUCCCACCACCAUCUUCCAAAGAGUAUGUUGAUCAUUAGAAUUUCAACUUCUAUUGCAAUUUUUAAUGGGUCUAAAUGAUAGUUUUGAGAAAGCUAGAGGACAGAUCCUAUUAAUGCCUAAUGUUCCAACCAUUAAUCAAGCAUAUGCAAUGGUUAUUCAAGAUGAAAGUAGGAGAUCGAUUGGGAGCAACUUUGGGAAUUCUGGAUACAAUGAGCCAACAUCUAUGUUUACAGCUCAUUCAUGCAAUAAGCCAAGGAGGACCUAUAAUCUGGAAUGUUAGUUUUGCCACCAGAAAGGGCAUACCAAGGAAGGUUGUUACAAGCUAAUGAAAUGUGAUCAUUGCGGCAAAACAGGACACUUAAAGGAAAAUUGUUAUCAGUUCAUUGGUUAUCCGAUAGAUUUCAAGGCCAAACGCAAAGCAACUGUAGCUCAACUGGAGGGAAAUAGAAUGCCUGCAAACACACCUGCAAGACCUACUCCACUGCCUGCAGCACCUACUCAAAUGUUUACUCAGGAACAAGUUGCACAAAUUUUGCAAACACUGAACAGAACAAUUAUUGGGAAUGAUGCCAGUGCACACAUGGCAGAAAUCCUCUCCCAAUAUCAGGACAAUUCACCAAUGUGCUGUGGUGAUAAUACCAAUUUUUGUCUAGAAGAGCCAGCAACAACCAGGAAGCAGCGAGCCAAGAUAGGGGCACCUUAGCAACAAACUUGAGUUCCUCUCUGAAUCUUCAAGAGAACUCAACAAAUCGAACAAGAAUUAUUAACUUCAUCAUUUGGAGCUAUCACGGUGCUAAUAGCCCCGGCUUUAGAAGGAAAUUUUGAGACCAGGUUGUACGACCAUGACAUAGUUAUGUCUGGUUUCAACUUCACAAACUUAAUCUAAGUGAAGCAAAUAGAUUAUCUGGUAAUAUACAAGUGCUGUGGAACAACGAAGAAAUCCAAAUCCACCUCGAGUAAUUUGGACCAAUGAAGUUGAUGCAGCUGAAAAUUUGGAGGCCAACCUGUGAAUGGUAACAAACUUAACAACUUUAAGUAGUGUUUGAUUAUUGUAGUAUGGCACAUUUGUGGUAUAGAGGGAGUAAGUUCACUUGGACUGACAAAAAGAAGAAACUCAAACUAACCUAAUCCUUGAAAGAUUGAAUCGAUGCCUUGCCAACUAUAUUUGAA